UAUUGCUCUUAUUGGGAGUCAUUGCUCAUUCAUUAUUUUGAGGUUGCAAAACAUCCAUAUCAUAGCAUAAUAUGUCACCACAAUUACGCAGUUAACUACUGCCAAUUGGCAAUGAGUUUGCGGGCUACAUACACACACUAACAUUAAUUUUUUAUGUUUCUUUUGGUCUAGAUUUUCUAGGCUUAGCUCUAUAUAAUAUUAAUAAUGUAUAUUUUUUGUUAUUGUAAAUGUAAACACUACGGACUACGUUACUGAGACUUCAUGAAAUUAAGAUGAGGAAACUAUAGUAAGACGAGGUUUUGGAGAUACAUAGUUCUUUCAGGCAAUAGCCUAUAUAUCACGAUUUUAACUGACCUAAAACUACUAUAUUUUAGUCAUAGUGACAACAAUUGAUAAUUGUGAUUUAUUCAAUUUCCUGAACAACCUUACAAACAAUUAAAUCUCUAGGCUACUGCCAGAGUGGAAUUGAAAUGAUCUGAGUGAUUAUCAGUAUCAGUGGAAAGUUCACAAGCCUGUUACUGGGCAAAGGUUUUCAUAUCAAACGGACCAAUAUAUGUUGUUUGUGGCGAAUCUCGCUCACAAGUGAAAAAUUUAAACUACCUAGUACCUGGUACUCCGGCUGGUACCACCGUACUUUGUCAUUAGAUUAGGUUAGAUAUAAUAAAAUAACCAUAGGAUAGUGCCUAUUAGUAUUUAUUUAUUUUUUUGAGACAUUACAUGCGUUAAUAAACAUACUUCCAAGACGGAAACAAAUAAAAUCUUUACUAAAAUAGCAUACGAUUGUACAAUAAAUUGUCUUUACCUGUUAAUCCAAUGUGGUCAGAAUUAUGGUCGAAUUUAUGGAGCUCGAUAUUCUUCUCCAUAUUAAGACCGAUGUUGAAGUGGAUUCUAAGACGAGUAACAGGAAAGUGUGAAUUAUUACGAAUAACCUAUGAAGAGAAUCAUGGAUCACAAAGAACCAAAAGAAUAGAAAAAUCCCUGAAGUUAUCUCAUCAACCCUUUGUAAAACAAUUGAUUGUACCUGAAAAUGUCGAUGUUGAAGUGGCAGAAGCUACAAAAGAAAUAAUGAAAAUAAAAGAUAUUGUGCCUGAAGUUCAUUCACGAUUUUCAUCAAGUUUUAGUUGUUGUUUAUCACAAGUUGUUGGUUAUAAAAAAUUAAAGAAUGAAGUUGAAUUGAUGAGAACCACACCCUAUUCAAGUGAUAAUAUACAUCAUGAAAAUAAACUCUUACAGUUAUGGAAUUUAUUGAUGCCAGACACAAAGUUAGAAUCCAGAAUAAGCCGACAGUGGACAGAUAUUGGUUUCCAAGGAGAAGAUCCAAAAACAGAUUUCCGAGGAAUGGGCAUGUUAGGAUUUAACCAGCUUUUAUAUUUUAGUGAAAAUUAUACAAAAGAAGCGAGAAAUGUUUUAUCUCAAUCCCAUCAUCCACAAUAUGGGUAUUCAUAUGCUAUAGUUGGUAUUAAUUUAACCAGUAUGAUAUAUACCCUGUUGAAAGGGGGUAAAUUACGAACACAUUUCUAUAAUUUAAAACAAGCACCUGUCACUAUACAAGAUUUACAUGAUGUUUAUUGUUAUUUGUUUCAAGAAUUUAAUAAAUUCUGGUUUAGAGAAAAACCUAAAGAUAUCAUGGAAUUUGGAAGAUUAAGAGAUAAAUUUAAUAAACAAAUUGCAGAAAGACUGCAAGAACCAAGAACCAUUCUACAAUAUAAUAAUAAAGACUGAGACAACCUGUUUUGAUUCUAGUUAUAUACCACCACAACUUUUAUAUUCUCACUGGGCCAAUAAAUACAGCCAUAUGACAUGCAGUGUGCUAUGAAGGAACUUUCCUCUGACCUACUCUUAAUUUGUAUUCUAACCUCCAGGGUAUAAAAGUGGGCCUUAACACCAAGGCUGGACAGAGUUAAAUAGUUAAAAAAAAAAAUUAACUAUUUAAAUUAACUAGUUAUUUUAAUAAGGAAAUCUAGCUCUUUGUGAGUUCAGUGCGAUUAUUUUCAACUUAUGGACACGUAUAUGAACAGAGACAAAUGGCUUUUUGUAAUGAAAUGGCAUCUGCAGUCAGUUUUUUGCAUGAAAAUAGUAAAGAUGAUUAAAAAUAUUGGAAAAUUCUGUAUUGUUACGCUGGAUAAACGUGUAGAAGGUUAUAUGAACAUGAAUAUCUUUAAUCUAGAUAUUGCUAUUUGUUUUUGUUCUGUUGUAAUUUUGACUAGUUAACUCAUUAAUUUUAACUAGUUAAUUUUAACUAGUUAUUAACUAGAUAUGACAAAAUUUUGACUCCGUCCAGCCCUGCUUAACACAAUUCUGUUAUGGCAGUCAUCUUUGGCCCUGUUGGUGCAGGAAAGUAAAAUUUUAAUGUUUGACUCGAUCUGCAAACCUAUAAUGUUAAUUAUAGACAGAUAUACACUUCACAAAGCAAGUUAACACAUUAUAUAUAGCUAUUUUAAUUAUUUCAAUCAUUUCCAGGUCACUUUAAUAUAAGUAAUACAAAUGCCGUCCUGCUGCGAGAAGUGUAUAUUUUAUCAGGCUGAAUAUCAUGGCAAAUUUCAUAUGAAUCAUCUAUUUCUACCCUUGGGCCAGUAAAUAUGAGUGAUAUCAGAUCCCUGGUCUUCAUCUAUUUUAACGAGUGUAAAACCUAUCGCAGGUUUGGUGGUUGUAUAUAUUAUAUUCUUGUAGAGCAAUAAAAUAAUCCUAGAAAUUUUUUAUGGUAAAAAGUAGAUAAUCUGGUUUUAGUCUUUGUCAGUUUUUGUACACAGUCACUAACUAUUAUAUGUAAGCAAACGUGUUAAAUUCUAUGAAUGGAUGUUUGUUGUAAUAGACAUAUCCAUAGGCGUAGAGGAGAGGUGGGGUGGGUGUGGUGCUGUAUCAUUCUUGCUCGAAAAAAACGGCGGCAGUGCCCAAAAAAUGAACUUUUCCAGAUAGCACCCAAUCAACAGUCUGUGAAAUUCACUAAGAACCAAAAUGUUUACAUUGACUGAUCUCAUAGUGUAUUAUUUAUCAUCACGCCUAAUUAAUAAUUAUCGUAUACGUCCACACCAUAGUAGUGAAACUAAAACAUGUUGAUGUAAUACCACAAUAAUAGAAAUAGUAAUCUAGCUGUGAGGUGGGAUUUAUGUUGAUGGGUCAAGUCAAACAUCAUCGGACCAGAUAAGAGCAAAAUGCGAAUUGCAUGUAGUUCAUAAUCAAAUUUCGCACCAGUCGAAACAAUGAAAAAUCUCAAAAAAUAAUGGCAAGUAGUGCCUAGCAUAGCGAAUUUUCUGGAACUGCAGUUUGAGUCUGAGAACUAGACACCCUGAAUCAAAAUCAGAAUUGUGUGAUUUUCUGAAACUCUGAUCUCCAGUUGGGAAUUGCAUCACCCCACCCAAUGGUCAGUAAACAUCCCAGAUUUCAGCCAGUUCAUUUUACAGGAUGGAAUAGUUGUAAUUUUUAUAUUUUUACUUUUAUAUCCACUGAACUGGGUAUUAUAUCUCGUCCCACAUAAGGUUUUGUAAAAGUCAAACGUUCUGUAUCAUGGGUAUUUCCUGUUUCCUUUUUUCAUCAUUUGGCCACUGCAUCACCCGAAAAAAAAAAAUUUGUCCCCUUCCCCCCAACUCGUAUGCCUAUGGACGUAUCAGUGUUUUAAAUAGUCAUGCUGGGCAUUAUUGGCAUAUUUAUGAUAAUAUCUAAUUUUUCAUAGCUUAAUCCAAGCUAAAAUGUACCCAAAUUGAUUUAAAUUUUUAAUAAUGAGCUAGUUAAUUAAUAGUGAUAAUAAAAUUGUAUAAACAUUUAUCAAAAUUUACUCAAAUUCAAAUUUAACAUUUAUUAAGAAAACAAAAACAAUCUCCUUGUUUAUAUUCAACAAGAAGCCCAACCAACGAUUUUACCUGUAAUUUUGGGUUGGUGAUGGCUUGUUUAUAUCAUCUGCAACAGAUGUUUUCAAAUUAUACUGAAUGGAAUUGAACAAUUUUUGGACUGAUACUCCUUUAAGAGAUUUAAUUUUCAAAAUUUUGUAUUUUGCAAGAGAUUCAGCAAUCUGUUAAAUGAUAAUCAAAGGCUUAAGGAAAUAAAUCGAUCCUGUUUCACCAUGAUACAUUUUGUUUAAUUUUAAUGAUUAUGUAAAUGUUUACACAAUUAUGCAAUUUUUUUAAGAUCUAUAUACUAUAUGUUGUUGUUUGUUAAUUUUGUAGUGUAGAGUGUCAUGCAUGAGACAGAAUAUGCAGAAUAGACAUAAUUUCACAUUAACUUUUAGUUCAUUAUGUAAAAUGUUAUUCAUAUUGUUAUCUUAAGACAGAAUAGACAUAAUUUCACAUUAACUUUUAAUUCCUUAUGUAAAAUGUUAUUCAUAUUGUUAUCUUAACUGUAUUUUUAAAGUGCUAAUCAUGUUUUUGACUUGUUGAAGUUUGAUUGAAUUGGUUAUGUGUUGGGACACUAACCAUGAGGACCCAUUUGUUAAAGUUUGAAUUAUUUCUGUGUUAUGAUGAAAUCUGUUUUACAUUAAUGAAAUAUAUUUAUAUAUAAUAAUCUAGUCAAUGUAUUUAUUCAUGUAUCAACAAACAGGGUAAGUUUUAUAGUUGUAAUUGCUUCUAUAUUAAUAAGACAAGGGCACAACUGCUGUUAUAACUCUACUAAGCUCUAUUGAUGUAGGCUCCUAAAUAGUAACACACUUACAUAUAAGGAAUUGGUGGAACUAAUGAAUAUUAAUGAGGUAUAAGAAUAGAUUACUAUUGGUAUAUACAUGGUAUAGAAACUAUAGGACAUUACAAUAGUGAGUGGGGAGGGUAUAUAGUGACUGAAACCAAACGGCUUUCAAUCAAUCAAAGUAAAACUGUCUCAAUUUGGACUACAGUUUGUGUGAAUUGUACAUUUAUCCAUAUAUAACUAUUUCAUGGUUCUAGUUAAAGCCGAUGAUCGCCAUUUGUAUAUUUGGACAAUAAUUUGUAAUGCUUCAUGGCUUAUAUUCCUGCUUAAAUGUACUCAUAUUGAUUAAUUAACAUUUGAUUCAGAAAACAAAACCAAAAUAUGAAGCAUAUCUCUCGGCAUACAUUCAUUUGUAAUAAAAAAAACCCAAGCCCAUUAAUAAAUUAUCCAGGAUUUAUAGGUGAGGUCGACUUGAUUACCUCAUUAGCAAAGGGGAUGCUGAAUGUUGCAAAAUUCAUUUCAUAAUAUCUUUGUAAGUACUGAAUGGUUUUGAACCAUUUUUGAACUGAUAUUCCCUUUAGAGAUAACAUGUGCAAGGAAUUAAAAAUUUAUCAAAUUGACGAUCAGUGGGUUUAACUGAAUUUGUAUUAAAAUUGUUAUUUUUUUUUCUCAUUUUCGUGGGCAUGGUUAACUAUUAACAUUCCACUGACUAAACCAACACAAAUAAAAAAAAUCACAAUAGAA